GGGUUUUUGGAUUUCAACUUUGGGCCUUGCAUGCAUACCUAGUAGGUAUAGAAAUUUAUUUUUGAGGAAGCACCACAAAAACAUCCAACCACCAAAAUCUUCAAAACUCGACAAUCAAACAGCACUUCAAAAUGUCUGCAGUCGGAUCUCUAGUAUUUUGUACAGAUUGCGGCAAUCUGUUGGAAAGCUCGACUGGUAACAAGAACACCGUUCUAACAUGCGAUUGCUGUGGAGCAGAAAAUAAAGAUACUGCUUCACAAACCAUUGAAACGAGAACGAAAGAAGCGUCCUUUCCCUCAGUUCUGCGACAGAAAAGAUCGGUUGUUCAAACGGUAGAGAAGUCUGAUUAUGAGAACCAAGCCAUGAGUAAAACACCAUGCCCAGAAUGCGGCGCAAAGGAGGUCAGAUUCACAGCGGUACAAUUGAGAAGUGCAGAUGAAGGAAGUACCAUUUUCUACAACUGUACCUGUGGGAACAAGUGGACCGAGAACAAUUAAUUUGCGACGCACGGCGCAUGGAGAUAUUGCUUCACGAUUCACGAAUUGUAUAUCA